AUGAAGCUCAUUACCAUUGGCGCUCUGCUCGUCGGGGCAGUAGCUGCUUUCGCAACGGACCAUAUUCCCAAGGGUGCAAGCAUUAUUGCAGCAAAUGAUGUGUCUUCAUUGAAAGGCUGUGGAGCUCAUGGACAAAAAUAUCCUAAUCGGCGAACUGUGACGAUUCGAGCCUCCAAAAAUGAUAAAGACGACAUCUCAGACGACUUCCUCUGGGCAAUGAAGCGUGCAAAUCAUGGUGGCCGUGUGGUUUUAAAGAAGGGAAAGACAUACGUGAUUGGAAAGAAACUUGAUCUGAGCUUUCUGAACGACGUUGAGGUCCAACUGGAGGGAGAAAUCAAGUUCACCGACGAUAUCAAAUAUUGGCAAGCGAACAAUUUCUAUUACGACUUUCAAAAGUCGAUCACUUUCUGGGUCUGGGGUGGUCAGGACAUUAAGAUUUUCGGAAAGGGGACUUUGAAUGGCAAUGGUCAGGCGUGGUAUAAUGCGUUUGCGGGUCGUGAGAUCUUGGACUCGAGCAACACCUUUUACCGACCGAUUCUGUUCCUGACCGACAACGCAACCCGCGUCAGUGUUGAGGGGAUCACUCAGCUCAACUCACCAUGUUGGACCAACUUUUUCGUGCGAACCAAUGAUGUCUCCUUUGACGAUGUGUUCAUCAAUGCGUACUCAACCAAUGCUUCUGCCCUGCCCAAGAACACGGACGGCUUCGACUCGUUGAACGUGAAUGGCCUCCGAGUGACCAACACCCGCGUCGAUAUCGGUGACGACUGCUUUUCCCCCAAGCCCAACACAUCCAACAUCUUUGUUCAGAACCUCUGGUGCAACAACACUCAUGGUGUGAGCAUGGGCAGCAUUGGACAGUACGCAGGUGUCAAAGACAUCAUCGAACACGCGUAUAUUGAGAACGUGACCCUGCUCAAUGGUCAAAACGGUGCUCGUCUGAAGGCCUGGGCCGGUGCAAAUGCCGGCUACGGUCGAAUCAACAACAUCACGUAUCGGAACAUCCACAUUGAAAACACCGAUCAGCCCGUGGUGCUCGAUCAGUGCUAUUUCAACAUCAACGCGACAGAGUGUGCCGCUCAUCCUUCCGCCGUCAACUUUACCAAUAUCGUCUUUGACAACAUCUAUGGCACUUCAUCGGGCAAAAAGGGCAGGGAGGUUGUUGACUUGACCUGCUCGCCCAACGCGGUGUGCUCGGGUAUUCAUCUGUCACGCAUCGACUUGAAAGUCCCCCCUUUGAUUACCUGCGAUGGCAUCCAGGGCGACAUUGGGGUACCCUGCAAAAAGUCAACAUAG